CACGCUGCUAGGCUGGUGCGCAAGUUGAAGUGACUCGAAUAAAUAUAAUCUUAUAGUCGUAUGGUGCAAACUAUUGUAACCGUUUACUCAUUAAACCUUGCAAAAUUAGUGCCUCUCAGUUGUUGUUGGAAAACCAUUAAGGCAACAUAGGCUAGCUAUUUUUGACGACUUGUCUUGUUUAACAUUCCCCUGCGCUGCUUGUUUUUGGGAUUCUACGCACUAGACGAGUGGGACGGCUGGAAUACAUGUGCCUUCGCUCCUAGGUCUGGAUAUCACCUGUUGUUCAAACAUGUAUUCUAGGCUGUCUCUGCAAGGUACUGUAAUUUUUGCGUUUAUCUUGAGUGAAAGAGUUCUCCUGGAAUAAAGCUUGGAUAUUCAUGUUUUGAGCUGUAUAAAUAGUGUUUAAGUAUCUUGUUUAGAAAACUGUGCUCAUUGUUUCUGGAAAGACAUCGGGAUUUUGAUGAGCACGGUCUCAGGCAACCAUGCCUGCCGUAGAUUGCCCUAUCAAAGGGUGCGACUACCAGACUCCUGACCAGGAACCAACUAUUGUGGCCGCCCUCAUAACAGCUCACAGGGCUACGCACACUUCGCUGAACACUGCUCCGACGGUUGAAAAUGUAGAUGCAGUACUCGAUGAUUACCACAGGGGGAGUGAUCCUGCAAAUCAUCCCAGCGUCUCGAGUUAUAAAAAACUUCUAGAGCAUACAGCCACUCCGCCGACCGAUGGAUGUGUUUUCGGGGAAAAGCCGAAAGCUCACGUGGUUCAUUUCGAGAUCAAGCCCCUGCAGGAGCCCCAAAUCUCUACCGCCCAGAACCAAGACCCUGUCACUGCUGCAAAUUCCACCCAGAAUGAUGUUGUAGCUGAUGCUGAUGAUAACAGUCGGUGCAACAAGUUUAACUCGUGUUGGAAGAAAUUUGCAUUUCUUUUUGCGAUCGGUGGAAUCGUUGUCCCGUUUGCUGGUUUAGUUGUAACAAUAGUGUAUAUUGCUUUCGUGUGGUGAUAAUCAUAGAAAAAUCUUGUACUUCUCAAUUUGAUUUCAGUCGUAACACUUGAACUGUGUAACAUUUGUACAAUUAACAGCAUAUUCUGUUUUAAAAGUCUCACUGCUGUAUCAAUAGGAAGCACUAAAACCUGUAAAUAUAACUAUAGACAAUAAUAAAAAGAUGAUAUUGUUAGGACUAGCAUUUUCCCUCACACAAUGCUUUGGAAUCUAGUAUCUCAUGAAUUGUCAGAAAUGUUUCCAUUUAUUAAAAGCUGCACACUCACACUACACUAUCUUUACAACUUUUUUUAUUUUUUGCCUUAGAAAGAGCAUUUCUUUUUGCGUAAAUAUCAGCAAACCAAUGAUAAGAUUGCUGACAAAAAACAGAUCGUAGAUUUUCAUAUUUUCGUUCCAAAAUUAAUGUCUUACUAACGUUACUAGCGGUUUAAGAAAAAUGCAUAAAACAUCAAUUUUUAAACUUAAAUAUAAAUCUUUGCGAUCUGCUUUUUUGUCAGCAGUCUUAUAUAACUGGUUUCCAUGGACUUUUGCUAAACUUGGCUCGUUCCAAGACAAAAAAUAAAAAUGUUGUCAAAACGUUCAAUCUGUGAGAGUGCAGCUAAAAAGGGGCUAUGCACCGUAUGAUGAAAUAGAGAAAAAAAAAGAAAA